AUGAAUACACCUCCAUCUCCAGUCGGCAAUUGCUGUGAGCUUCUCUCCGUGACCGGAAAAGGCUGCGACGAGCACGAGCAGUGUAGGAAGGAAGCCAAAUUACUUCUCGAGUUUCCUCGAGGCUGCAAGGCAUCUCCGACCGCCGGCGUAAUUUCCAGUGAUCCCGACGUCGCAAUCCGGCUACCGACACGCACAACCGACACCGACAAAAAGCAGCACCUGUCUAGCCGCCACCUCCGGAAGCUCACAGAUCGCCCGUCCGUGGUCGCACAACCGCUCGCCGCAGCUUUUGACGGCGCUGCCGUCAAUGUCUUGCAGCCUCUUCUCCACCUACGACGAAAGCAACACCAUCCGUCGAUAUCCAUGGUCAAUCUAGGAACACGCGGCGACGACAUGGUGGUCGGACAUGAAAGCUCCGGUAGCUCCUGCACGGCCAUGGCGGACACUGUUUUCCACCGGGGUUGUGGCGAAAACUAA